AUGCGGCGAACUGUUGAACGCUACCCUUAUCAUGGGAAGGUCGGACCUUGCCUUACCCGGCCACCUUACCGGGAUGGCAAGCGGAAACGUGCAGUCAAAGUAUUCACCAUAGCAGAUGAAUCAAUGUACCUACUCAUAUUUGGCGUACCCUCUCUGGGUCUAGAAAAACAUUUGAAAGAUAAAAUCAAGAAAAUUUGUCCACCGAAGUCACUGGAAAAGGUCGAGCAUCCCGACACGGAACGCUUCACAGAAACCUUUUUGACGAAGUUUGAGAAUGUUGGUGCUGCCAGGUGGGAUAUUACUGUUUCCCUCUGUCAGAAUUCUCAAAUGUUAUGCUGUCCAAUCAAACGUAUCCUACUCUUGUGUCGUCUAAUGUUCGACUUUGCUUUGUACUUUGACAUAGUACUGUCGUGCGUUUAUACCUUAACCUUUUUAUCGAAUUAA